AUGUCGAUCGAAAAAGCACAAUCUUCUGUCACCGAGGAAAAUUUUCCUCCAGAGGGGGGUCUCCAAGGAUGGUUGUGUGUUGUGGGGGCAACAUUAGCCCUUUUCUCUACCCUCGGGUUCUUGAAUGCCAUCGGCGUCUUUCAAACAAUCUACCAAGAAACAACACUCAAGGAAUAUUCCUCAUCGGAAAUUUCAUGGAUAUUUGCAGUCCAAUUGUGCCUCAUGUGGGCUCUUGGUCCACUCUACGGGCGUGUCGUUGAUACAUACGGCGCAGCCCCGGUACUAAUUCCAUGCAGUACACUUUGUGUUUUCGCUCUUUGCAUGACCAGCCUUGCGGAAAAGUACUACCAAAUAUUCCUCUCGCAAGGUCUUGCUUUCGGCAUUGGUGCCGGAGGUGUCUUCUGCGCCUCGUUCGUUUGCGUCGGGCAAUGGUUUGUCAAAAGGCGUGGUCUAGCGAUCGGCAUUGCGAGCUGCGGUUCUAGUAUAGGUGGAGUUUUGUUUCCCAUCUUUCUGGAUAGAAUGGUGAAAAAUGUUGGAUUCUAUGGGGCGGUUCGGUAUACGGCUUUGUUCGUUGGGGUCAUCCUGGCUGCGUCUUGCUUCCUGGUUCGCGCACGAUUACCUCGAAAGACUUGGAAUCGCGAGACUCCGUGGCUCGAUGUGACGCUAUUCAAGCAGAAGCAGUUUGCCGUCUACACUUUGGGGUCAUUUUUUGUCAUGUGGGGGCUUUGGGGUCCGUUUGAUUUCAUUUCGACCAUGGCUCAAGCGCGGGGCUUCUCCCCCACGCUUUCUCUUUAUCUGAUCUCCAUUAUCAAUGCCACCUCCAUACCCGGCCGAGUGCUCCCGCCGUACCUCGCCGAUAAAAUCGGCCAUUUCAAUGUAUUGACUAUCUGUGCUUUACUGACAGGAGGUUCGAUGCUUGUUCUCUGGCUGCCAUUUAAUUACUAUCCGUCUCAUGUCGGCAUCAUUAUCUUUGGUCUUGUCUAUGGAUUCGUUAGUGGAGCGGUAGUGAGCUUGCUAAUGCCGUGCGUUGCCAAGUCUGGCAGCCUCGAUACAUUGGGCCAACGAUUCGGAACCUAUCAAAUGGUAAUUUCUAUCAGUUGCCUCACGGGCCUACCGAUCAUGGGUAGUAUUCUGUCCCAACAAGGCAAUGACAACUUCGCUGGUCUGCAAAUCUUCGCCUCCGUGGCAGCACUACUUGGGGGUGGUCUCAUCGCAUACUCGACCUAUUUACUAGGAUCUAGCCGUGGGACCCGAAGAGUGUGA